UGUGGGAAGCUGACAGGGGUCAGCAACCCCAUCACCAUCCGGGCCUCGGGCUCCCGCUUCGGCUCCUGGAUGACCGACACCAUGACGCCCAGUGCUGACAGCAGGGUCUGGUACAUGGACGGGUACUACAAAGGCCGUCGAGUUUUGGAAUUCCGCACCUUGAACGACUUCGUGACGGGGCAGAACUUCGUCCAGCACCUCCUGCCCCACCCCUGGGCUGGCACGGGCCACGUGGUCUUCAACGGCUCCCUCUACUACAACAAAUACCAGAGCAACAUCGUGGUGAAAUAUCACUUCAGGUCCCGCAGCGUCCUGGUCCAACGCAGCCUCUCGGGGGCGGGGUACAACAACACCUUCCCUUAUUCUUGGGGGGGUUUCUCCGACUUGGAUUUCAUGGUGGAUGAAAACGGCCUCUGGGUGGUUUACACCACCAACCAAAACGCCGGCAACAUCGUGGUGAGCCGGUUGGACCCCCAAACGUUGGAGGUGUGGAGGAGCUGGGACACGGGGUACCCCAAAAGGAGCGCCGGGGAGUCUUUCAUGAUCUGUGGCACCCUCUACGUCACCAACUCCCACCUCGCCGGGGCCAAGAUCUAUUUUGCCUACUACACAAACACUUCCAGCUACGAGUACACGGAUAUUCCCUUCCACAACCAGUAUUCCCACAUAUCCAUGCUGGACUACAACCCGCGGGAGAGGGUGCUCUACACCUGGAACAACGGCCACCAGGUCAUCUACAAC